GAAGGCUCCAGGGCUGUUCCACGUGUCUGUUAGCCGGUCCGCCGCUCUCUCAAAAUGCCUGGUAUGCCAAAGAAGACGGAGGGGGAGGACCCCGACCCCACCCCCUACCUGUUCGUCUCUCUGGAACAGAAGCGCAUCGACCAAACCAAACCUUACGAUGCGAAGAAGGCAUGUUGGGUACCCGACGAGAAGGAGGGUUACGUGCUGGGAGAGAUCAAGGCAACUAAGGGCGACCUGGUAACGGUCACGCUGCCUGGUGGCGAGGAGAAGAACUUCAAGAAGGAACAGGUUUCUCAAGUAAACCCCCCUAAGUAUGAGAAAUGCGAGGAUAUGUCCAACUUGACAUAUCUUAAUGACGCUUCAGUCUUGCAUAACCUGAAGCAACGAUACUACCAUAAGCUCAUUUACACCUACUCCGGCCUCUUCUGUGUGGCUAUCAACCCCUACAAGCGCUUCCCUGUCUACACCAACCGCUGCGCCAAGCUUUACCGAGGCAAGAGGCGUAAUGAAGUGCCACCCCACAUCUUUGCCAUUUCUGACGGCGCCUACGUCAACAUGUUGACCAACCGUGAAAACCAGUCUAUGUUGAUCACAGGAGAGUCUGGAGCAGGAAAAACUGAAAACACGAAGAAAGUAAUUUCGUACUUCGCCACCGUCGGUGCCAGCUCGAAGAAAGAUGAACAGCAGUCUUCGAAGAAGGGCACACUGGAAGACCAGGUCGUGCAAACUAACCCGGUACUUGAGGCGUUCGGUAACGCCAAGACCGUGCGAAAUGACAACUCCUCGCGAUUCGGUAAAUUCAUCAGAAUUCACUUCGGUCCUUCUGGAAAGCUGGCUGGAGCUGAUAUUGAAACAUAUCUGCUGGAGAAGGCCCGUGUCAUCUCACAGCAGCCCUUGGAGCGUUCAUACCACAUCUUCUACCAGAUGAUGUCCGGCGCUGUCCCUGGCCUGAAGGAAAUCUGUCUCCUUUCCAACGACGUCAAUGACUAUCACUUCGUCUCGCAAGGAAAGACCUCUAUUCCCGGUGUAGAUGAUGGAGAGGAAAUGCAGAUUACCGAUGAAGCCUUCGAUGUGCUGGGUUUCACCCAAGAGGAGAAGAACGACGUGUACAAGAUCACAGCUGCCGUCAUGCACAUGGGUGGCAUGAAAUUCAAGCAGCGCGGCCGAGAAGAGCAGGCUGAGGCCGACGGCACAGUUGAAGGUGAGCGCGUCGCCAAGUUACUGAUGACCAGCGCUGAGGACUUGUACAAGAACUUGCUGAAACCAAGGAUCAAGGUCGGAAACGAGUUCGUCACCCAGGGUAGGAACAAGGACCAGGUCGCCUACUCCGUAGGUGCCAUGUCCAAGGCCAUGUUCGACAGGCUGUUCAAGUGGCUUGUGAAGAAGUGUAACGAGACACUGGACACUAAGCAGAAGAGGCAGCACUUCAUUGGUGUACUGGAUAUUGCCGGUUUCGAGAUUUUCGACUACAACGGCUUCGAGCAACUGUGUAUAAACUUCACCAACGAGAAACUGCAACAGUUUUUCAACCACCACAUGUUUGUGCUGGAGCAGGAAGAGUACAAGGCUGAAGGAAUCAACUGGGCGUUCAUUGACUUUGGCAUGGACUUGCUAGCUUGCAUAGAGCUUAUAGAGAAGCCUAUGGGUAUCCUGUCAAUCCUGGAGGAAGAGUCUAUGUUCCCCAAGGCGACAGACAAGACCUUUGAGGAGAAGCUGAUGAACAACCACUUGGGCAAGUCUCCCAACUUCAUGAAGCCGAAGCCGCCAAAGCCCGGUCAGCCCGCUGCCCACUUUGCCAUUGCUCACUACGCCGGAACGGUGUCCUACAACAUCACAGGGUGGCUUGAGAAGAACAAGGACCCCCUGAACGACACCGUCGUCGACCAGUUCAAGAAAUCCACCAACAAGCUGCUGGUAGAGAUCUUCGCCGACCAUCCUGGACAGUCUGGCGGUGCUGAAGCCGCUGGUGGUGGCAAGGCUGCUGGCACGAAGCGGCACCUGGGUUCUUCAUUCCAGUCCGUCUCCAUGAAACACAGGGAGCAACUGAACAACUUGAUGACCACUCUGAGGAGCACACAGCCUCACUUCGUGCGUUGUAUCAUCCCCAACGAGUUGAAGCAGCCAGGUCUGAUUGACUCUCACCUGGUAAUGCACCAGCUCACCUGUAACGGUGUACUUGAGGGUAUCCGUAUUUGCCGAAAGGGAUUCCCCAACAGGAUGGUCUAUCCUGACUUCAAGCUCCGAUACAAGAUUCUAGCUCCCCAAGCCGUGGAUGCUCUUAAAGGAGACGACCCAAAGAAGAUGGCCCAGACAAUUCUGGAUGCUGUGAACCUUGACACCGAGUCUUACCGUUUGGGUCACACCAAGGUGUUCUUCAGAGCUGGAAUCCUGGGUCAGAUGGAAGAGUUGCGAGACGAGCGUCUUGGCAAGAUCAUCAGUUGGAUGCAGGCCUGGAUCAGAGGUUACCUGGCGAGGAAGGAGUACAAGAAGCUCCAGGAACAGAGAGUGGCCCUCCAGGUGGUACAGCGCAACCUGCGCAAGUACUUGCAGCUCCGCACCUGGCCAUGGUGGAAGUUGUGGCAGAAGGUCAAGCCUCUGCUCAACGUCACGCGCAUAGAGGAUGAGAUUAAGAAACUCGAGGAGAAAGCACAGAAGGCACAGGAGGCCUUCGAGCGGGAAGAGAAGGCGCGCAAGGAAGUUGAGGCCCUCAACGCCAAGCUGCUGGAGGAGAAGACGGCGCUACUCGGCCAGCUGGAAGGAGAGAAGGGUUCUCUGGGUGAGGUCCAGGAGCGCGCCAACAAGCUGCAGGCCCAGAAGGCGGACCUCGAGUCUCAGCUCAGGGACACACAAGACCGUCUCCAGCAGGAGGAAGAUGCACGCAACCAGCUCUUCCAGUCCAAGAAGAAGCUCGAGCAGGAGAUCUCUGGCCUCAAGAAGGAUGUCGAGGACCUCGAACUCGCCGUCCAAAAGUCUGAGCAAGACAAGGCCACCAAGGACCACCAGAUCCGCAACCUCAACGACGAGAUCGCCCACCAGGACGAGCUGAUCAACAAGCUGAACAAGGAGAAGAAGAACCAGGGCGACAUCAACCAGAAGACUGCUGAGGAGUUGCAGGCUGCUGAAGACAAGGUGAACCACUUGAACAAGGUGAAGGCCAAGCUCGAGCAGACGCUGGACGAACUGGAGGACUCUCUGGAGCGUGAGAAGAAACUUCGUGGCGACGUUGAGAAGGCCAAGCGAAAGGUUGAGGGUGACCUGAAACUGACCCAGGAAGCCGUGGCUGACCUCGAGCGUAACAAGAAGGAACUCGAGCAGACCAUCCAGCGCAAGGACAAGGAGAUCUCGUCGUUGGCUGCUAAGCUCGAAGAUGAACAGUCUCUCGUGUCCAAACUGCAGAAACAGAUCAAGGAACUGCAGGCCCGCAUCGAGGAGCUCGAGGAAGAAGUCGAAGCUGAACGCCAAGCGAGAGCUAAGGCUGAGAAGCAGCGCGCCGACCUGGCCCGCGAACUGGAGGAGCUGGGAGAACGCCUCGAGGAAGCCGGCGGUGCCACCUCCGCGCAGAUCGAGCUCAACAAGAAGCGCGAAGCCGAGCUGAGCAAGCUGCGCCGCGACCUGGAGGAGGCUAACAUCCAGCACGAGAGCACGCUCGCCAACCUGCGCAAGAAGCACAAUGACGCCGUUGCCGAGAUGGGAGAGCAGAUCGACCAGCUCAACAAGCUCAAGGCCAAAGCCGAAAAGGACAAAGCUCAGUUCGCCUCAGAGCUGAACGACCUACGAGCGGGAGUCGACCACUUGUCCAACGAGAAGGCCGCCGCAGAGAAGGUUGCCAAGCAACUGCAGCACCAGCUCAACGAAGUCCAGGGCAAGCUGGACGAAUCCAACCGCACGCUCAACGACUUCGAUGCCGCCAAGAAGAAGCUGUCCAUCGAGAACUCCGACCUCCUGCGACAGUUGGAGGAAGCCGAGUCGCAGGUGUCGCAGCUGAGCAAGCUCAAGAUCUCGCUCACCACGCAGCUCGAGGACACCAAGCGUCUGGCGGACGAGGAAUCUAGGGAGCGCGCUACACUGCUGGGCAAGUUCCGCAACCUGGAGCACGACCUGGACAACGUACGCGAACAGCUGGAAGAGGAAGCCGAAGCCAAGGCUGACAUCCAGAGGCAGCUGUCCAAGGCCAACGCCGAGGCACAACUGUGGCGCUCCAAGUACGAGUCCGAAGGUGUGGCUCGCGCCGAAGAGCUCGAGGAAGCCAAGCGUAAGCUGCAGGCCCGUCUUGCUGAGGCUGAGGAGACCAUCGAGUCACUGAACCAGAAGGUCGUCGCUCUCGAGAAGACCAAGCAGCGUCUGUCCACUGAGGUCGAAGACCUGCAACUGGAGGUCGACCGCGCUACUGCCCUGGCGAACGCCGCCGAGAAGAAGCAGAAGGCCUUCGACAAGAUCAUUGGCGAAUGGAAGCUCAAGGUCGAUGACUUGGCUGCCGAGCUGGACGCCAGCCAGAAGGAAUGCCGCAACUACUCGACCGAACUCUUCCGUCUCAAGGGAGCGUACGAGGAGGGCCAGGAGCAGCUGGAGGCAGUGCGUCGCGAGAACAAGAACUUGGCCGACGAGGUGAAAGAUCUGCUGGACCAGAUCGGCGAGGGUGGCCGCAACAUUCACGAGAUCGAGAAGGCAAGGAAGCGACUGGAGGCCGAGAAGGACGAGCUGCAGGCAGCUCUGGAGGAGGCCGAAGCCGCCCUGGAGCAGGAGGAGAACAAGGUGCUGCGCUCGCAGCUGGAGCUGUCGCAGGUGCGCCAGGAGAUCGACCGCCGCAUCCAGGAGAAGGAGGAAGAAUUCGAGAACACAAGGAAGAACCACCAGCGUGCUCUCGACUCCAUGCAAGCCAGCUUGGAGGCUGAAGCAAAGGGCAAGGCUGAAGCUCUGCGUAUGAAGAAGAAGCUCGAGGCCGACAUCAACGAGCUGGAGAUUGCUCUGGACCACGCCAACAAGGCCAACGCUGAGGCGCAGAAGAACAUCAAGAGAUACCAGCAGCAGCUGAAGGACAUCCAGACCGCCCUGGAGGAGGAGCAGCGAGCCCGCGACGACGCCAGGGAGCUGCUGGGCAUCUCUGAGAGGCGCGCCAAUGCGCUGCAGAACGAGCUGGAAGAGUCACGCACUCUGCUGGAGCAGGCCGACCGCGGCCGCCGACAGGCCGAACAGGAGCUCAGCGACGCGCACGAACAGCUCAACGAGCUGUCUGCGCAGAACACCUCCAUCUCCGCCGCCAAGCGCAAGCUCGAGUCCGAGCUGCAGACCCUGCACUCUGACCUGGACGAGCUGCUGAACGAGGCCAAGAACUCCGAGGAGAAGGCGAAGAAGGCGAUGGUGGACGCAGCGCGACUGGCUGACGAGCUCCGCGCCGAGCAGGACCACGCGCAGACGCAGGAGAAGCUGAGGAAAGCCCUCGAGCAGCAGAUCAAGGAACUCCAGGUACGAUUGGACGAAGCCGAGGCGAACGCUCUCAAGGGUGGCAAGAAGGCGAUCCAGAAACUGGAACAGCGCGUACGGGAGCUGGAGAACGAACUGGAUGGCGAACAGAGGAGGCACGCGGACGCACAGAAGAACCUGCGCAAGAGCGAGCGCCGCAUCAAGGAGCUCAGCUUCCAGGCAGAGGAGGACCGCAAGAACCACGAGCGCAUGCAGGACCUGGUCGACAAGCUGCAGCAGAAGAUCAAGACCUACAAGAGGCAGAUAGAAGAAGCCGAGGAGAUUGCAGCCCUGAACUUGGCCAAGUUCCGCAAGGCACAGCAGGAACUGGAGGAAGCGGAAGAGCGUGCAGACUUGGCUGAGCAGGCCAUCGCUAAGUACCGUGCCAAGGGCCGCGGGGGAUCCGCCGCUCGUGCACUCAGCCCACCCCCAGCGGCCAAGGGUCGCAAGAUUCCUGGUGCCGAGUAAACGGUGGGCUACCUUCCACACCGGCCCGCCAUCAGGCCGCAACUGGAUGGCAACGCCUUCCCACCACGAUUCGACCUCCAUCCUGAAGGCGAAUUCUAAUGACCAGCAUUUGGGAGUGCCAUGCAGUUAUAUGAUGGAAGCUUGAAAAUAUUUUAUUUUAUAUUUUGUUUGUCAAUAAAUAUAUUUAAGCUAUAUAUAUGUAUACUUGCUCGUAUAUGUAUAUGUAUACUUAUUCCAUAUUAUCAUCAUGUCACGUGGGAUAAGUGAGAUUGUCAUACUAGUGAGCCAGACCUUUGCCAAAGAAGCAGACACGUUCAAAUCAGCCCUAAUUCUUCGUUCGAUUCUGGUCCCUGGCUCGACUAACUUGUGUGACUGAUCACUUAAUGUACGUGGCUACUCAAGGAACCAAUAAAGAACUAAUUUUGCUAUUC